UAGCAUCAACACUGAGCUCGCGCGCAGAGAGGGACAGCGCGCGCGACGCUUCGUCUUAAAAAAUAACACUUAUUAUCUGAAUGCGGGGAAAACGGCACGAUCGGACCGCGUUUAGAGAGUAAAAUCGCCUGCGAUCUAGUGUCGACGAGCACAGAAGUGACCAAUACGAGCCGAUUGUGGAGCCGAAGGAGAAAAGGGGGCUAUCGCUCAGCUGCGUAUGUGGAAAACCUGCGAUUUUUAAAAAAUAAUAUCUAAAAAUAACGCUCGAUGCGGGGAAAAAUAUAGAAAAAUUCUGGAAAAUACCAAAGGGUCUUAUGAUUGGGAUUCAGCGCGGCGGUGGUGGAGAUUGUGUCAUUUUGGUGUUUUUUCACGUCGCUUUUUGAGCGGGAGUAACGGACGAGCCGCUGGCGCAGAUAUACACGCAGUUCAGUCCGAGUCUGUGAUGCAUCAGACUCUGAACUCAGAUUAUAGAGGAGACAUCAGCCUUUUUUGCCGGAAAGGAAUGUAGAGCACACGGCAUGACACUGAGCUGUGACACAGUCAAGUAACUGUUGCGAAACGCGGAGCGUGUCUGUGCGGCGGUGUGGGCGCGCGUGCGCUCGGCGCGGGGCCUGUCGGUACUGUAGCAGCACAGAAUGGUUUGUGAGUUAUAACGGGGGUGCAGGCCGUACUGUGCUGCGGCAAGAACGACAGGACAGACGCGCACUUCACAUUCAAACGGGUGCAAAGACAGCAGCAGCAGCAGCAAGACUACGUGUGCCGGCGAGUCUCCUGAACUUGGCCGUGUGACUGCCUGGCUGUAGCAGCACGUAAAUAUUGGAGUCAAAGCACUAGCGAAUCCUCCAGUAUUGACCGUGCUGCUGGAGUUAGGCGGGCCGUUUACCGUCUGCGGGGGCCUCUGUGCGUCGGGAUCCCUCAUCAGGAAAGCACAAGAAGAUUAACGACUGACUAAUAACAUACUGUGCACAUGCCGGUGUUCUGAACGCUUUUAUUCUGAAAACGGGUGACAAGGAAUUUGAUAAAACAUCAAAAAAGCUUUAUAAUUAUGUAAUUGCAGUUUGAAUGAGUCAGAUGUUUCUCUAAAAGUGCUUGGAGCUCGUUGAUACAAUUUAUGUACGUGAAAAAAUGCAAUAAAGGAAAAUAAAAUUAAUAAAACAUUCAAAUCACAACGAUUGCAUCAAGGCAAAUUAAUUGUACAGAGUCGCGUUGCGCGCGAAUUCUGCAGUUUGUGUCAAAUACAUAAAUCUGCCACAUUUCUUACAGCAAGUUCUAAUAAAAAUAUAUACACUAUAAUGUGCAGUUCCUUUUGCCUAUCAUGGAAGAAGCAUAUCAUUAUAUAAAAAAACUGAAAACCGUUAUAAAAUGUAUCGUGUUACAGUGUUAAGCAUCAUCACCUUCCAUCUUUAUUUUCACAUUUUGAAUUACGCAGCAUCGCCAUCUUCUGGGAAACUUUAAAUGGUUUUAAGUUUUCAGAUCGCCCCCCGUUUCUUUUAAGUUGAGAUUUAGGGAAGGGGUGCUGACAGAAUCACUUCGUAGAUCGGCCCCUUUUGGUACUUUGCGCUGUUUGUUUUGAUUCUCGCGUUUCUUUCCCUCUGCAAGGGUCGUUAAUAUCAAGUCUAUUUACACUCCCUCUGUUGAAACGCUCGGUUUUCUCCUCAGGCGAUACUGAGGAAACCAUCCUUCAAAAUCGUGUCCACCAUCAGGCCAAGAUUAAGAAAAGUUUGCGUUCAUCUGGAUCAAUUGUACAAAUAUAUGACAAAUAAGCGAAUGAAAGAUUAUACAAAUGCGAAUCUAUAUAAAACUUUAAGAGUACUUCAACCCGAAAGUAGACCCUGUUGUCUCGAGGGAUACGAAUGACCAAAAAUCACAGAGACUAACCUAAAUUUUAGCUCAAAUUUCAUUGACUUGGUUUAGAAGUGACUAUGAACUCCAAUAUCUAGCCACACCAAGAUGCGCUUGUUUGAAUUUACCUGAACCUUUAUUUAAACGAUAGAAGUCAAGGAAGGACAUAAAGGCGACGACUCGUAUUUUGGGUCGUUCAGUACAAGCAGAUUUUCUUGCCUUAAAAUAAUUUAUUAAAAGAAACCUUGAUUAUCUUGGAUGACGAAGCGCAGCUCCGGGACCUCACAUUUAUGAUGGCAGUUGUUCCUGCUUCCCAAAACAGGAAUAUGACAGUAGCCUAAAUGUGGUUGAACUCCGCCUCAGAAUAACUUGCAUUUAAAAAAAAAAAAAAUACACGUUUAUGUGCAACUGACCAUCAACUAAUUUAAGUUGAGCAUUCACUCAAUAUCCGCUUAACACUUUCACAGUGAAUAUCUGUCCGUAGAAAGUUAAAACAGACCUCAUAGUAUUAGUAGGCUAUUUAUGUACUCGGACAACACUUAAUAAUUACUAAAACUGCUCAAAGAAGAGCACUGAUUGUCCUUAAUGGAUAUUGAUUGUAUUAAAGAUGCAUAAUAAAUAUAAAUAUAUAUAAACACACUUUUUAGAUUCUCAGUGGUAGGAUGCCAUACAGCUGAUUUCGUUCGUAAAAACCAACGGUGUCCUUACAAGGAAAAAAAGUGAUUGGUGUGGAGCUAUGCACUUUAAAUCUUACUGUUCUAGGUAAAACAUAGGCUACAUCAAACGUAAAUCUAUAAAAUCAUUUUAUUUUGUGUCAUUUUGAUUGGUCACUUCGAUUAUGUAACAGACCCUUUUUUUGAAUAUCGAGAAACUUUGGUUUAAACAGGUUUGGCACCACUGAUAUUGUUGGAUUUGUUGUCUUCCACAGAAUCUGAAUGUAAAUGGAUUAAUUUUAAUAAACUAUAGUCGAAACGAGGUGCCCUGAGUCCUUUGAUGUCAUAUCCACCUCUAUUGUAUAUUGUAUUACGUAAUAAAAAGCAGGUACGUAUGAAAUCAAUGAUAUUGUCGCAUGACAGACAUAUUAGCGAACCGAUAAAAACGAGGGAAAAUAGGGCAGAAACCACGUCAGUUUCUUUUGCUCUUACGUCACUCCCUUCUCAUGUCACUGAGGUUAUUCUUUCUCUAGACUGAACUAGAGCUUCAAUACUGUACUUGAUAUGAAUUCGCUCUCAACACUUUCUGAAGCGGAAAUUCAUAAUGCACCCCAAAGGGCUGCACAACUUCUUUUUUUCUUCUCUUUCUGAAUAAGCUAUUCUUGGCAGGUAAGGCGAGAUCAUACCCGGUAAUUUCCACAGAAACAUCGUUUGGCGUGUCACAGCUAGCAGCGCGCAGGUUUAUGGUGAAAUCUGAUUGGGCAGUUCUGAAAAUAACGGUUUUGUUAUCAUUCAAAUGGCUAAAGGCGAGCAGAUAAGUGCGCUCGUGAUCAUCAUCUCGUCGCUGUUUGUAAACUUGUUUAUGCCACACUGCGAAAGCAAACAGACCUUUCCAUAUAACAUCACCUGCAUCUCAAAAUCACAACAUUGGUGAAUCCGGUAAAGUUAGUAUAAGUCUGUACCCUAUACAAAAAGUAGUAAUUAAAACGCUCUCUCGCCAUUACAAGAUAGCGACAAUGUAUGAAUUAUUAAACUGGCUUAAGUUAAAUCAGAAAAUAUAUAUUUUUAAAAAAGGUCGACAUGAAGACCAUGAUGAAACACUGUGCCUACUUUACCUUCUUUUGGUCCAUUUACCUCGACAUCUGCUUACUAGUCACCCCAAAGGACAAGAAGGUGAUGUCAGUCAAAAUAAAUGUUUUUUACAAUAAUGCAAUAAUCCUAUGAAAAGUGGGGAUGUUGGGUAAAACAGUUCCACCGCAUAACUGCGAACACAUCACGCGCUCUUUUAUUGGAUAGAAACCGCGCGCGCCAGUUACUAGGGUACUCAGAAAACGCAAUCAUGGCGCUUGUUGCUGUGCAGAUUUCCACACUAGCGAACUUCAAAAACAACAAACAAAAGUUAAUAUCGAAGUUACGCAUUACAAGUAACAAAUAGGCGUCUUGAAAAAUGUUUAUUUAAACUUGUCUUUGAUGUGAGGGCGAGAAAAUAUAUGAACAGAAGUAAAGAUGUAUUUUCGUUUUUGAAAGUAGUUGGUCAGAUAUAGAUCCCCCCUUACUUUGAGCGGUGAGGUUGUUGCUAUGCAAAACUUCACAGCUGUAACCGAGUGGCACAGAGCAGGUUAAAAGCUUUUAAGGUCACAUCGAUCCUGAUCCCUCAGAUUUGCGCUCUGUCUCGCUCAUUCUGCACGAUCGCGCGCACAUAUCCAAACUUGUACACAUUAUGCCAUAAAGUCUAUCCAGUAGUCUAUAGUGUCAAACUUUCUUCCUGUUACCUGUACGGUCUGAUAGUUGACGAAUUGCUGUAAAAAUGUUGUCUCCCAAAGACACCAAGGCCAAAAUGACCUGACGAUUAAGUGGCAUUAUGUUUGGUGUGGUAAUAAUUCGGUUGUCAGUCUUAUAAAUUUAAAGCGAUAGUUCACCCUGAAAUUAAAAUUUUGUCAUCAUUUACUCACCCCUCGUGUCGUUCCAAACCUGUAUGAGUUUUUUCUUCUGCUGAUCACAUAAGAAGAUAAUUUGAAGAAUGUUGGUAACCAAAAAGUUGACGGUAACUUUUGUGUUCAAAAGCUGUAUAAAAUGCAUACAGGUUUGGAACAACUUGAAGGUGAGUAAAUGAUGACAGAAUUAAGUUUAACAUUAAGGGAUAAUUCGUCCGAUGUGAUCAUUUAUUAAUUCUUAUACCAAACUCGUAUGACUUUCUUCCACGUCACACAAGAGUAAGUCACAGUCUUGUUAUCAUUCACUUUAGUGUGAAAAAGAUGCAGUGAAAGUGAACGGUGUGUGAUGCUUGUCAGCCCCUAACAUUCUGCAUUGUGUUCCACGGAAGAAAGAAAGUCAUACCGGCUUGUAUGAGAGUGAGUAAAAGACAGGAUUUUAAUUUUUGGCUGUUAUCCCUUAAUAACAGUCCGUCUUUUGGUCACUAGAGGUCACCAUUGAGCUAUCCUGGAAAUAAUAUAAAAAAAAUUAAAAAUAAAAACCGAGAGGAACCUUCCACGUCAUAUCCUGUUAGCUUAGCAUGUAGGGAGAAUAAAAAUGACCUCUGAUGAUUUGUAGCAUUAAUACCAUCGCACAACUACAUAGAACGUAACUACAUUAUUUAACAUUAAGGUCAUUAUUGUGAGAGAAAUACCGUUAUGGCGGCGUUUGCUUCGUGUUGUUUUGGCUGUUGUGGAGACAAUAACAGGAGCCACGUAACACUGAAGGAAAUGCCCACUGUUCAGCUGGACACUCAUCACAUGGGUACUGAUGUUGUCAUUGUAAAGAGUGGAAGACGCAUAUGUGGAACUGGUGGUUGCAUUGCAAACGCCCCUCUCCAUCAAAACAAGAGCUACUUUGAGUUCAAGAUUCAGUCCACAGGUGUCUGGGGAGUGGGAGUGGCAACACAGAAAGCAAAUCUGAACCAGAUCCCUAUGGGUAGAGACCCACACAGCCUUGUGCUCCGGCAAGAUGGCACCGUGUACCACAACAAUGAAGAAAAGAACCGAUUACCUGCAAACAGCUUACCGCAGGAAGGAGACAUCAUGGGUGUUACGUAUGACCAUGUGGAGCUGAAUUUGUACCUGAAUGGGAAGAAUAUGAACUGUCCAGCAUCAGGCAUUAGAGGAACUGUUUAUCCUGUAGUUUAUGUUGACGAUAGUGCAAUAUUGGAUUGCCAGUUCAGUGACUUCUACCAUCCUCCACCGCAAGGCUACCAGAAGAUUCUGUUUGAGCAACAGAUCUUCUAAAGUUCAUGAUGUGCUGUAUAUACACUAAAGAAAUGUACUCCACAGCCAGGAAUUGAAGUGCUAUGGUUAUUGUCUGAACUCUUGACGAUUGUGUGGCUCAGCCUACUGAAAGGAGUUGAAAUAAUGUCAUCUGUGAUUUUGACUCGUGUAAAACUGACACAUAUCUGGCCAUUUCUACUCAGUUUAAAAAGUCAUCCUAUGUCUUUCAGAUGAACUCUGUUAUAUCAUCUGCGCGUUAAUGAUCUGUGCACUGAUCUCAAAAUGUUUAUUCAGAACAUGCAUCUUUAAUUUACACUUCAUCAAACACCGUACACUUACUGAUGUACAGUAUUAACAGUGCUGAUAUGAACAUAUGGAUUUGUUUAAUGGCUGGUUUGAAGACAAAAACGGGUAAUAAUGGAGUCACAUAUUACAGCUGACAAUCAUGACUUUAUACUUUAUGCAUUUCAAGAGAACAAAGUGAUGCUGACCUGAAAUGCUGAUCCUGAUUCAAAAUACUGUCAAAGCUCUUUUUGAUUUCAUUGUUGUCUGUCUGAUGUAUGACCUGCAGCUGCACGCACCAUAUACAUCAUGAUUACUUGGAUUUAUACAAGCUCUACAAAAAUACAUAUAUUUAAAUUUCAUGGAGUUUAUAUUUGGUUGUAUUUUCCGUAUUAUGUUGCUGUUGAUAUACAUUGUUUUAUUGCAGUUUAGUGUAACUAAUAUAUUAAACAUGAGAGAUACAAUAGAAUAAGAAAUGUAAAGGUUAUUUACCUUAAAUAUUUAAUAAUUUGACCUGAAAAAAAUAUCUGAUUGUCUGUGUACUCUAAUUAUGAAUUGUUGCAACUGAUCACAAAACUGUUUUUAAUAAAUGAGUAUUGAAUAUAUGAUGUUAUUUUUGUAUGUUCUAAUCUGACAGAUAAUAUUUGUGUCUUGUGUCUUUAGUAAUAAAUAUUUUGCUUUUGUCA